AUCCUGGCAAUGGACAACUAAGUUUUCCCUGGGUUUACGAGAACUGAACUGAAGUGGAAAAUGUUAUUUGCUUUAACGAAAUAAUUUCGUCUUGUGCAACAAAAAAUUCUGUCAAUCAAGCAAAUAAAGGGAGAAAGGCUUAUUUAUAGUUGCCGGCUUCUGAUUUCAUUCCGUUGCUUCUCAGGCUCCAAGAGGAAAAGAAAAUGAAGACUUCCUUGCUCUGUAUUUUUCUAAUUUUAUGUAGUACCUCAGCCUGGGCGAAAGAUAAACAUUAUUACAUUGGAAUUAUUGAAACAACUUGGGACUAUGCCUCUGACCAUGGGGAAAAGAAACUUAUUUCAGUUGACACGGAACAUGCCAAUAUCUAUCUUCAAAAUGGCUCCAAUAGAAUUGGAAAAGUCUACAAGAAGGCCGUGUAUCUUCAGUACACAGAUGAAACCUUUGGGACGAUUAUAGAGAAACCUGUCUGGCUAGGGUUUUUAGGCCCUAUUAUCAAAGCUGAAACUGGAGAUAGAGUUUAUGUACAUUUAAAAAACUUUGCCUCUAGGCCUUAUACUUUUCAUGCACAUGGAAUGACUUACUAUAAGGAACAUGAGGGGGCCAUCUACCCUGACAACACCACAGAUUUUCAAAAAGCAGACGACAAAGUGCGGCCAGGUGAACAGUGUAUGUACAUAUUGCAUGCCAACCCAGAACAAGGUCCUGGUGAAGAAGACAGCAAUUGUGUGACCAGGAUUUACCAUUCCCACAUUGAUGCUCCAAGAGAUAUCGCCGCAGGACUCAUUGGGCCUUUAAUACACUGUAAAAAAGAUUCUCUGGAUAAAGAAGAAGAAAAAAAUAUUGACAAAGAAUUUGUGGUGAUGUUUUCUGUUGUGGAUGAAAAUCUCAGCUGGUACCUAGAAGACAACAUUAAGACCUACUGCUCUGAACCAGAGGAGGUUGACAAAGACAAUGAAGACUUCCAGGAGAGUAACAGAAUGUAUUCUGUGAAUGGAUAUGCUUUUGGAAGUCUCCCAGGACUCUCCAUGUGUGCUGAGGACAGAGUAAAAUGGUAUCUUUUUGGUAUGGGUAAUGAAAUUGAUGUGCAUGCAGCUUUCUUCCACGGGCAAACGUUGACUAAUAAGAACUACCGUGUUGAUACAAUCAAUCUCUUUCCUGCUACCCUCUUUGAUGCUUUUAUGGUGGCCCAGAACCCUGGAGAAUGGAUGCUUAGCUGUCAGAAUCUAAACCAUCUGAAAGCUGGUUUGCAGGCCUUUUUCUGGGUACAAGACUGUAAGAAGCCUUCAUCUGAGAACGAUAUCCAUGGCAAACAUGUUAGACACUACUACAUCGCUGCUGAGGAAAUCAUCUGGAACUAUGCACCCUCCGGCAUAGACACCUUCACCAAAGAAAACUUAACAGCACCUGGAAGUGAUUCAGAGGUAUUUUUUGAACAUGGUUCUACAAGAAUCGGAGGCUCAUAUAAAAAGCUGGUUUAUCGUGAGUACACAGAUGCCUCCUUUACAGACGGAAAGGAGAGAGGCCCUGAAGAAGAACAUCUUGGCAUCCUGGGCCCUGUCAUUUCGGCAGAGGUGGGAGACACCAUCAGAGUCACCUUCCAUAACAAAGGAACAUAUCCCCUCAGUAUUGAACCGAUUGGGGUGAGAGUCGAUAAAAGCAACGAGGGCACGUACUACAAUUCAAGCAGAAGUGCGCCUCCUUCUUCAGCCUCCCAUGUGGUACCCGAAGGAACAUUCACCUAUGAAUGGACUGUCCCCAAAGAAGUAGGACCCACUUACAAAGAUCCUGUCUGUCUAGCUAAGAUGUAUUAUUCUGCUGUGGAUCCCACCAAAGAUAUAUUUACUGGACUUAUCGGGCCAAUGAAAAUAUGUAGGAACGGAAGUUUACUUGCAAAUGGGAGACUGAAGGAUGUAGACAAGGAGUUCUAUUUGUUUCCUACAGUGUUUGAUGAGAAUGAGAGUUUACUCCUGGAUGAUAAUAUUAGAAUGUUUACAACAGCACCUGAUCAGGUGGAUAAGGAAAAUGAAGACUUUCAGGAAUCUAAUAAGAUGCACUCCAUGAAUGGAUUCAUGUACGGGAAUCAGCCUGGUCUCAACAUGUGCCAAGGAGAUUCAGUUGUGUGGUAUUUAUUCAGUGCUGGAAAUGAAGUUGAUGUACACGGGAUAUACUUUUCAGGAAACACUUAUCUGUCAAGAGGAGAAAGGAGAGACACAGCAAACCUCUUCCCUCAAACAAGUCUGAGGCUCUUCAUGCAGCCUGACACGGAAGGGACUUUUGAUGUUGAGUGCCUCACAACUGAUCACUACACAGGUGGCAUGAAACAAAAGUACACUGUGAACCAGUGCAGGCAGCCAUCUGAGAAUUCAUACCACUACCUGGGAGAAAGGACCUACUACAUCGCAGCGGUGGAGGUGGAAUGGGAUUAUUCCCCAAGUAGGAAAUGGGAAAAGGAGCUGCAUCAUUUACAAGAACUAAAUCUUUCAAAUGCAUUUUUAGAUAAGGAAGAAUUUUACAUAGGCUCAAAGUACAAGAAAGUUGUGUAUCGGCGAUUCACUGACAGCACAUUCCAAGUUCCUGGGGAGAGAAAACCUGAAGAAGAACACCUGGGAAUUCUAGGUCCACAACUUCAUGCAGAUGUUGGAGACAAAGUUAAUAUUAUCUUUAAAAACAUGGCCACAAGGUCCUACUCAAUACACGCCCAUGGGGUGAAAACGGAGAGUUCUACAGUGACUCCAACCGCACCAGGUGAAACUCGCACUUACAUAUGGAAAAUCCCAGAAAGAUCUGGAGCUGGAAUAGAAGAUUCUCCUUGUAUUCCAUGGGCUUACUAUUCAACUGUGGAUCGGGUUAAGGAUCUCUUUAGUGGAUUAAUUGGCCCACUGAUUGUUUGUCGGAAACAUUACUUGCAAGUAUUCAAUCCCAUAAAGAAACUGGAAUUUUCCCUUCUGUUUCUUGUUUUUGAUGAGAAUGAAUCUUGGUACUUAGAUGACAACAUCAAAACAUACUCUGAUCACCCUGAGAAAGCAGACAAAGCCAAUGAUGAAUUCAUAGAAAGCAAUAAAAUGCAUGCUAUUAAUGGAAGAAUGUUUGGGAACUUACAAGGCCUCACAAUGCAUGUGGGAGAUGAAGUCAACUGGUAUCUGAUGGGAAUGGGCAAUGAAAUAGACUUGCACUCGGUACAUUUCCAUGGCCACAGCUUCCAAUACCAGCACAGGGGCAUUUAUAGUUCUGAUGUCUUUGACAUUUUCCCUGGGACAUACCAAACCUUAGAAAUGUCUCCAAAAACACCUGGAAUCUGGUUACUCCACUGCCAUGUGACUGACCACAUUCAUGCUGGAAUGGAAACUACUUACACCGUUCUACCAAAUGAAGGCUUUGGUGUUUCCCGAGUCUUCUGAGUUCAGAAUUGUUGGAAUUGGCAAUGGCAAAUCCAAUGAGGGGAAAUGAUGUAGAGAAAACAACUCGUGUUUCCUCCUCACACUGGCAUAAAAGAGAACAUAUAAAUGGAAGAAAAUACAGAAGUAAAUAUAUUUCAAAACCUAAAAAUCACUGAAAGAUUACUUGUCAGUGCAAACGAAAAGUUUUAAUUUCUGUUCCUGGGUCUUACACAAAGACCUCAUAACAUGAAAAACUAUUUCCACUAAAACUCUUUAUUACAAAGUGUGGUAUUGAGAGCACCAGAACACCAAAGGCUCAGACAAAUAUAUAAACCACUGGGUCUAAUGCCAGUAACUGCUGAACAAGGUGAAGAGUCAAACAUGAGAAAGAAAACCUUAAGUAGAGCUUAAAGAACAUUAGCACACAUGUAAACCACACAAAAGGAUGGUCCUGCUCAGACUGAUAAUCAAAAGUGAAGGAAUACCAAGGCAGGCAUUCUGGAAAUUCAUGUGUGCAAGUGCCUGACAUGUAGAGGAUGCUGCUACGGGCUAAGCCUACACACAAAGACCAUGAAAAAAUUCCUCCUGUAGGAUAAGCCUGGGAGGGGAUAAGGGAGAUGACUGUUUCCCUGGUUAAGAAAGGGGAGACUGUUUUAAAAGCCCUACUAAAAACUGUAGAACGAUUAGCAAUGCGAAGGCAAAACACAUGUUGGAAAAAAAGAUUAAAGGGAAAUUUGACUUUUACUAAGAGAAAAGGCAUUGCAUGGAACUGAAAGAAGCAGUAAUGAACAAAAAAGAUAGUUUGAACUAUUCACAGAAAAAUGGGGAGCCACAUUUAUCAGUCUGAAUUAUCUUUAAAUGAAAGUUUGAUAAAGCUUUGGCCAAGUUUACCUUAAUUCUAAAUCUUAGAAGAAUUUCAGCCUACCAUGACAGAGACAAGGGAGAAAUCAAGUUAUAGCGAAAUCUUUCAAUAUUUUGCACAGGGAGACAAUUUUCUCCACAAAGAAAAAAAUCACUAGAAAAGAAUUGUGGAUAUCCUGUCAUGCUUAAUGUAAUGCCUUAUUUCCACCAGAGGAAGCAUAAUAAAGACCUCCUCUGACAAAUAUAAAAGGUACUUUUUUUAGACUGACACUUCCAUGACAGUUAGAUAACCUCUUGGAGCUGUCUGAGGGGAAAAGCUUACUUAGCUCUAAGGUCCUUAUAGGCAGGGAGUGUAUAUUCUGUACUUCUAGUAGGUGCACAAAUCCAAUCCAAUACCCUGCUUGGUAAAUAUCUAACCACAUAUUAACUCAAUAAAAAGGAAUUUUAAAAACUUUUUUGGACACAACGUCAGACUUACAGAAAAGUUGCUAGAGCAGUACCACAAAAAUUCCUGUAUACCCUUUACCCAGGUUCCCCAAAUGUUAACAGUUUGCACAGCAGCAUGUACUUUCUCGUCCUUUCUCCUAUCUCCGUAUCUCUUUAUACACACACAGACUACAGAAAUUGUAAAUACAUAUACUCCUAUUUCCUAAGAACAAGAAUAUUCUUAUACAUAAACAAAGUACACCUAUCAAAAUCAGGAAAUUAAAAACAAUCCAAUACUACAGACCCCUUCCAUAUUUCACCAAUUAUUCUAAUCAUGUUCUUCAGAGAAAAAGAAAAUCCAACUCAUGCACUGAGUUCAGCUGACAUGUCUUCUUGUCUCCUUAGUCUGGAGCAGUUCCUUGGUCUUUGUCUUUCCCAACUUUGACAUUUUUAAAGAAUACAGGGCAGUCACUUUGUAGAAUGUGAAUUCAAUUUGGGUUUGUCUAACGUUUCCUUAUGAUCAGAUUCGGAUUAUGCAUUUUUUGGCAAGAUUCUCACAGAAGGGAUAUUGUGGUUUUCUCAGCAUACACGUCAAGAGACACAAGAUGUUGAUUUGUUCCCUUACUGGUUGUGUUCAUUUUGAGCAUUUGGGCUUAUGGUGGUGUCUGCCAGGUUUCUCCACUAUAAAAUGACUAAUUUUCCCUUGAUAAUAAAUAAAUAUCUUGCAGGGAGGAAAGUUAAUUUGUCUUUAAAUAAAGCAGUACUAGAGUGAGAGAUGUGUUUUAAAUAUAUAAAGAGCAGAAAAAUAUAAAUGAAUCAAGAAUAAAGAAAAUAACUUUUAAAAAACUAGAAUAUAUUUAAAGCACCAUGUGCCAUUUUUUUUAACCAUAUGAUAUAUACUAUUUUUAAUAAUGGUCUUAAAAUUUCUUUUUCUAUAGAGACCAAGUCUGGAUAUAAGAAAUAAAUUGGUGAUAAAUGAAAAAAAAAAAAGAAAGAAAAAACAAUGAUUCAUAACAAUGUUAUGUGAAAG